AUGGCGUCGAAAAAUCCAUCUGCUUAUACAAAAUUGAUGCACAAGAUCGCAGCUCUGUUGCCGGAAAAGAGUCGAGCUGUAUUUUUACAUCCGGCAGGACCAACGACAAUCUUUUUUUGGGCACCGACUUUCAAGUGGGGCCUGGUUAUGGCCGGCAUCGGCGACAUCAAUCGACCAGUCGAAAACAUUUCUCUGAGCCAAACUUUCAGCCUCAUGUUAACUGGGAUUAUUUGGUCCAGGUAUUCCCUAGUAAUUAUACCGAAAAAUUAUAAUUUACUCAGUGUCAAUGCUUUCGUAGCGAUGACAAAUUCAUACAAUUUCAUGAGAGGACUUCGACAUCAAGUAGCGAAAUGACGUAACAACAAGGAUCAAGGUGUACGGAUGGGCAAAUAAUACUGUGGAAUUUUGUUAAAUUUUUUUUAUCAGUUGUAAUAGAAAUAAAAUUUAAUAGCCUA